GCCUUUGCUGAGGCCAUGAGGGGUUACCAUGGCGACCGAGGCAGCCAUCCCCGCCCAGCCCGCUUUGCUGACCAGCAGCAUAUGGACGUGGGCCCAGCUGCCAGGGCCCCAUACCUGCUGGGCUCCAGGGAGGCCUUCUCCACUGAGCCCCGCUUCUGUGCCCCGAGAGCUGGCCUGGGACACAUUUCUCCUGAAGGGCCCCUGAGCCUGAGUGAGGGGCUGUCGGUAGGCCCUGAGGGAGGGCCAGGGGGGGCCGGGGUUGGGGGGGGUAGCAGCACCUUCCCCAGGAUGUACCCUGGCCAGAGCCCCUUCGACACCUGUGAAGACUGUGUGGGCCACCCACAGGGCAAGGGUGCCCCCCGCCUGCCUCCUACACUCCUGGAUCAGUUUGAAAAGCAGUUGCCAGUUCAACAAGAUGGCUUCCACACACUACCAUACCAGCGAGGGCCAGCAGGGGCAGGGCCCGGGCCAGCGCCAGGGACUGGCACUGCCCCAGAGCCCCGCAGCGAGAGCCCUAGCCGCAUCCGGCACCUGGUUCAUUCUGUGCAGAAGCUCUUUGCCAAGUCCCACUCUCUGGAGGCGCCGGGGAAGCGGGACUAUAAUGGGCCCAAGGCUGAGGGAAGAGGUGGCUCUGGAGGAGACAGCUACCCUGGCCCAGGAUCCGGAGGCCCCCACACCUCCCACCACCACCAUCACCACCACCAUCACCACCACCACCAGUCCCGGCACGGCAAGAGGAGCAAGAGCAAGGACCGCAAGGGGGAUGGGCGGCAUCAGGCCAAGUCCACAGGCUGGUGGAGCUCCGAUGACAACUUGGACAGUGAUAGCGGCUUCCUGGCGGGUGGCAGGCCCCCUGGGGAGCCUGGUGGUCCCUUCUGCCUGGAGGGUCCAGAUGGGUCCUACCGGGACUUGAGCUUCAAGGGGCGCUCGGGCGGGUCGGAAGGCCGCUGCCUUGCCUGCACUGGCAUGUCCAUGUCACUGGAUGGACAGUCGGUCAAGCGAAGUGCCUGGCAUACCAUGAUGGUCAGCCAGGGCCGGGAUGGAUACCCAGGGGCCGGGCCAGGCAAGGGGCUCCUGGGUCCGGAGACCAAGGCCAAAGCCAGGACUUAUCACUAUCUGCAGGUGCCGCAAGAUGACUGGGGGGGUUACCCCACUGGUGGCAAGGAUGGGGAGAUCCCCUGCCGCAGGAUGCGGAGCGGCAGCUACAUCAAAGCCAUGGGGGAUGAGGAGAGUGGAGACUCAGACGGCAGCCCCAAGACAUCUCCCAAAGCAGUCGCCCGACGCUUCACCACCCGUCGCUCCUCCAGCGUGGACCAGGCCAGGAUCAACUGCUGUGUCCCACCCCGGAUCCACCCCCGGAGCUCCAUCCCUGGCUACAGCCGUUCCCUCACCACUGGACAGCUCAGCGAUGAGUUGAACCAGCAGCUGGAGGCCGUGUGCGGGUCCGUGUUUGGGGAGCUGGAGUCCCAGGCCGUGGACGCCCUGGACCUGCCCGGCUGUUUCCGCAUGCGGAGCCACAGCUACCUCCGGGCCAUCCAGGCCGGCUGCUCUCAAGACGACGACUGCCUGCCCCUCCUUGCUACCCCUGCCGCUGUCUCAGGGAGGCCCGGCUCCUCCUUCAACUUCAGAAAGGCCCCGCCCCCCAUCCCGCCGGGAAGCCAGGCCCCGCCCCGCAUCUCCAUCACCGCCCAGAGCAGCACCGACUCCGCGCACGAGAGCUUCACGGCAGCCGAGGGCCCCGCCCGGCGCUGCAGCUCCGCCGACGGGCUGGACGGCCCCGCCAUGGGUGCGCGCACCUUGGAGUUGGCGCCGGUGCCGUCCCGGGCCAGCCCCAAGCCCCCCACACUCAUCAUCAAGACCAUCCCUGGCAGGGAGGAGCUGAGGAGCCUGGCGCGGCAGCGGAAGUGGCGGCCGUCCAUUGGGGUGCAGGUGGAGACGAUCUCAGAUUCAGACACCGAGAACAGGAGCCGGAGGGAGUUCCACUCCAUCGGCGUGCAGGUGGAAGAGGACAAGAGGCGAGCAAGGUUCAAGCGCUCCAACAGUGUGACGGCCGGUGUGCAGGCAGACCUGGAGCUGGAGGGCCUGGCAGGACUGGCCACGGUUGCCACAGAAGACAAGGCCCUGCAGUUUGGACGUUCCUUCCAGAGGCACGCCUCUGAGCCCCAGCCUGGGCCCCGGGCCCCCACUUACUCAGUCUUCCGCACGGUCCACACGCAGGGCCAGUGGGCCUACCGCGAGGGCUACCCACUGCCGUAUGAGCCGCCGGCCACCGAUGGGUCGCCCGGCCCUGCCCCCGCCCCCACCCCCGGCCCCGGGGCCGGCCGCCGUGACUCCUGGAUAGAGCGCGGUUCACGUAGCCUCCCCGACUCAGGCCGCGCGUCCCCCUGCCCACGGGACGGCGAGUGGUUCAUCAAGAUGCUGCGGGCAGAGGUGGAGAAGCUGGAGCACUGGUGCCAGCAGAUGGAGCGUGAGGCGGAGGACUAUGAGCUACCCGAGGAGAUCCUGGAGAAGAUCCGCAGUGCUGUGGGCAGCACACAACUUCUCCUGUCCCAGAAGGUUCAGCAGUUCUUCCGGCUGUGUCAGCAAAGCAUGGAUCCCACUGCGUUCCCUGUGCCCACCUUCCAGGACCUGGCGGGUUUCUGGGACCUCCUACAGCUCUCCAUCGAGGAUGUGACCCUCAAGUUCCUGGAGCUACAGCAACUCAAGGCCAACAGCUGGAAACUCCUGGAGCCUAAGGAGGAGAAGAAGGUCCCUCCGCCGAUACCAAAGAAGCCCCUGCGGGGCCGGGGCGUGCCGGUGAAGGAGCGCUCCCUGGACUCCGUGGACCGGCAGCGGCAGGAAGCGCGCAAGCGGCUCCUGGCGGCCAAGCGCGCUGCUUCCUUCCGCCACAGCUCGGCCACCGAGAGCGCCGACAGCAUCGAGAUCUACAUCCCCGAGGCCCAGACCAGGCUGUGACCGGUCCGGCCCGCCCAGCCCGGCCUGGGCCCGCGGUUCUCCACCCGUACUGUACACCCAGCGUCGAGGUCACUGUGAACGCGGGCCGCCCCGUGCGCCCGCCCCACCGGCACCGCACGCCCCAGCCCCCGGGCCCGUCACACUCUCGUGGGUUUUUUACCUUCCUGAUCCCACGCGAAGGCGCCCGGGCUGGGCAGGGGGCCGUGCCUCUCCGCCCUGCGCCCCUCACCUGGAUCCCCCGCCCACCUGGUCCGACGCUUUGUCCCCACCUCCUUUCAAUGGGCACCAUCUCUGCCAUUCUUUCCCCCCACGGGCCAGGCCGGGCCAGGCCCCACAUCUGGGCUCUGCGUCCCCUCCCCCCACCCCGCGGGGCUGGGCUUCGUGGGGAUCAAGCUUCGUGGCUUUUUAUGAAGAAUCCCGAACCCCGCCUAGGAGCCCGCCCCACCCUCCCAGGGGCUCCAUCCUCAGCCCUCUGCCCACUGGGCCCAGGGACCACAGUGGCUGGACCAACCCAGGACCAGGGCGCCUGGGCCUCUCCCCUUUCCCAGCGGCUGGGGAGGGGAGAUGGGGGCUUCCCCUCACCACACCUGUGGCUGUUCCCACAUCCCCUUGAGUAUCCCAGGAAAAAUAAAACGGCAGAACUGCA